GAGAACCUCCGUGAGGUGUUACUGAGGGUUGGUCAGAUGGCCUUCACUGGAGUGGCUGAGAAGAACAUUGUGUUCACGGAUGGAGAUUUGAUCAAAUACAAUCUGCAGCCUUCCCAGUUCCUGUCCGGGUUCCUGAUGGAACUUUUGGAGAGAGAGGAUUCAGCCCGGAGCGUGGUGUACACCUUCCCGCACCUCACCAUCCAAGAGUUUGUAGCCGCACUCGCACAAUUCCUGACUGUAGAUCCCGGGGAUAUCGUGAAACUCCUGUCUGAAGCGCACGGCACGACAGACGGGCGAUUUGAAGUAUUUCUCCGUUUUGUCGCUGGUCUCUCCUCCCCACGGACAGCUUGGAUCCUGGAGGAGUUUCUGGGUAAAUUCCCUCAUCAAACAAUCUGCCGAGUGAGUGACUGGGUGAAGGAGGAGGUUAAACGCCGGGCUGGAAAAACAGGGAGUGAAGCUGGUAACCGGAGAUUCCUGAACACGCUGCACUACCUGUUUGAGUCUCAGAAUCCUGCACUGGCUCAGCAGACACUGGGAUCUGUGGAAACACUUUCAUUCCGUGGACUGGGACUGACCCCGAUUGACUGUGCGGUCCUGUCUCAUGCCAUCCGGCCCUGUGAUACAAUCAAAUGCCUCGAUCUAUGGAGCUGCCACAUUCAGUGUGAAGGUCUCCAGCGGCUGGGACCGGCUCUGCACAAGUGUCAGGGCUUGGGACUGGGAGACAACAAAGACCUGGGAGAUUCCGGAGUGAAACUGGUGUCUGAUGCUCUGAGGAACCCGGACUGUAAAAUACAGGCACUGCGGCUGGGCAGUGUCGGUCUCACAGAUUCUGGAGCCGAGGAUCUCGUAUCUGCUCUCAGUACAAACAAUACGGUGACGGAGCUGGACCUGAGUGGGAAUAAACUGGGAGAUUCCGGAGUGAAACUGGUGUCUGAUGCUCUGAGGAACCCGCACAGUAAAAUACAUACACUGUGGCUGGGCAGUGUCGAUCUCACAGAUUCUGGAGCCGAGGAUCUCGUCUCCGCUCUCAGUACAAACACCUCACUGACGGAUCUGAACCUGAUGGGCAACUCCCUCACAGACCGAUGUGUCCCCGCUCUCCGCCGCCUCAUACUAAACCUCUCGAGUCUGGAGCAGAUCUGGCUGGUGGGGAAUAAGUUCAGUGCAGACGGACAGAACCAGCUGCAGAGUCUGCAGGGAACCAGACGCGGACUGAGUGUGGACGUGUGAACAUCUCUGGGUGUAAACGUCACCGCCCUGGGGACUGGAAUAUUGUUGGCCGAUUCCCUGCCCCUCCUCUUUAAACGGCCGCCCAUCCUCCCCUUUAAACCCCGACGCUUCUCGGGCCGGCCGGGCGGUGACGUCAGAGGCGACCCUGCCCGCUGUCACGUGACCCGGGUACGUGGCGCUGCUGAUGCUACCAGGCCGGUGCUGCUCCCAGUGGGGGACGGGGGCAUUGCAGCCGAACCUGGAGGAUCCCAGAUGUGACUUUAUCAUCAGUGGCCCCCGCUCCUGCUGUGGAUUAAUGGUGACAGCAGCAACAGCAACAGCAGCAACAGCAACAGCUGCUUGAUGCUACCUACCUACCUAUCUACCGGCGCAGACGCUGCCGUGGCUGCCUGCCUGCAUGCCACGUUGUACUGCUCCUUGCUGCUGUUCAUGUUGUCACUUGCGGGCGGAGCACCAAGGCAAAUUCCUUGUAUGUGAAUACUUGGCCAAUAAACUUAUUAAUUAAUUAAUUCAUUGUUCAAACUGUUCAUACACACAGCAAUGUCUGUUACUGCUUUACCGUCUGUAAAUGAAACGUAAAUGGUUUAUUAUAGUUUAAUACUUGUAAAGUUU